AUGAGAGCCUUAGAUCAGGAGGCUCAGCAAGCUGGCAUCACAGUACUCAACGAGAUUGGACUUGACCCCGGAAUCGAUAACUUGUACACCAUCAAGAGGAUUGAUGAAGUUCAUCAAGAGGGUGGCGAAGUCACCGGCUUCAUCUCUUACUGCGGUGGAGUCCUCUUAGCUCUCUUAGACUCUGCUAAGCUUUAUUCUAAGGGUAAACUCAUCAAGGUCGCAGGUCAAGACUUGAUAAACUACGCCAACCCUUACUUCAUUUCACCGGCGUUUGCUUUCGUGCCUUAUCCAAAUCGAGACUCAACACCAUUCAUAUAUUUCUAUGCUAUUCCUGAAGCCAAGACUGUUGUUUGUGGAACGAUGAGAUAUCAAGGAUUCCCAGCUUUCAUUAAAACUUUGGUCGAUAUCGGGUUGCUCAAUGAAGCUGACCAAGCUUACCUGAAGCCUGAUGCUCAAAUUACUUGGAAUGAGGUCACCGCUCGAGUUCUCGGAGCUUUGACUUCAUCAUACCUUGAAACCAACCAUUCUAGAUGCGAUUACUUUUGUUUAAGCCUCAAUUCAUCUCAAAUCUAA